CCAUAAAUCAGGCUUGAAGUGGUUAUCUGUCAGAGCAGACGCGCUGCUCCCUGCACGGAAAAUGUGGGCCCCACCCACACUAGUUAAGUACAGUUCAAACCUCACCUCUGCACAGUCCGAAGAGAUCCAGGAAGAGACCGAAAUCAAGCUGAAACGAUGAGCUACCCAGGAUACCCGACUCAGGGCGGCGGAUACCCCCCACAGGCUGGCGCUUACCCCCCACAGGCCGGGGGCUACCCACCUCAGCCUGGGAUGUACCCUCCCCAAGCAGGGGGCUACCCACCACAGGCUGGCGGAUACCCCCCCCAAGCAGGGGGCUACCCCCCACAGGCCGGGGGCUACCCACCAGCACCCCCCGCAGGCAGUUGGGGCGGUGGCCCUGCAGGUGGAUAUCCCUCUAUCGGUCUUGAUAGCUUAUCCAAUCCUGGAUAUAAUGCUGGCAUGGCUGGCCAGUUCUCUUCAGGCAUGGGGGGGGUUUCUCAAAACCCAUCCAUGUUUGCUCAGGCGCCCGGGGGGUACCCACCUGCCCAACAUCCUGGCGGGUACGGUGCCCCCAUCCCUAACCAACAGUCAUAUGGCCUGUACCCACAGCCAGGGGGGACCAUGCCACAACACCAAGGUCCAACCAUGGGCUACCCUGGUCAGCCUGGCCAGCCAAUGCCCGGAUACCCGCGUGCACCAUCACCCAACCCACAGAUGCCCGGAUACCCCCGUGCACCAUCACCCAACCCACAAAUGCCUGGUUAUGGAGGAGCACCGGCACCUGGUUAUGGAGGAGCACCGACACCUGGUUAUGGAGGAGCACCAGCGCCGGGUUUUGGAGGAGCACCAGCGCCUAUGCCAGGGUACCCAAAAGCUCCGUCACCAAAUCCGUCCAUGCCGGCCUAUGGAGGAGGAGGAGCCAUGCCGAUCGCUCCCCCUAUCAAUAGAGGAUUCAGGGGAACAAUCAAAGACUUUCCAGGUGCUGACUCUCUCAGAGAUGUGGAGGUGCUGAGGAAGGCCAUGAAGGGCUUUGGAACCGAUGAGCAUGCCAUUAUCGAGCUACUGGGGAGUCGAUCCACUAAGCAGCGUGUACCUUUGCUCCGCGCCUACAAAACCGCCUACGGGAAGGAUCUAAUUAAGGACCUGCAUUCAGAACUGUCUGGGGAUUUCAGAAAGCUGGUCAUGACCAUGUUGAAGACUCCAGCAGAGCUUGAUGCCUAUGAACUCCACGAUGCCAUAAAGGGAGCUGGAACUGACGAGGCUUGUCUGAUAGAGGUCCUCUCAUCCCGCUCCAAUAAUGAAAUCAAGGAGAUAAACCAGGUUUACAAACGAGAAUUCAAGAAAUCACUGGAAGAUGCAAUUAGCGGGGAUACCUCAGGCCACUUCCGCAGGCUCUUGAUCUCUCUUGCCCAAGGCAGUCGUGAUGAACGAGAGAAUGUUGAUAUCUCCCUGGCUAAACAGGAUGCUCAGUCCCUGUAUGCUGCUGGAGAGAACAAACUGGGAACAGAUGAGUCCAAAUUCAAUGCUAUUUUAUGUGCCAGGAGCAAACCCCACCUCAGAGCAGUGUUUCAAGAAUACCAAAGGAUGUGUGGCAGGGACAUUGAGAAGAGCAUCGGCAGGGAGAUGUCUGGAGACCUUGAGAGUGGCAUGGUGGCAGUAGUGAAGUGCAUCAAGAACACACCUGCCUACUUUGCUGAGAGACUUUACAAGGCCAUGAAGGGACUUGGGACCAAAGACAGAACCCUGAUCCGAAUCAUGGUCUCCCGUUCAGAGGUUGACAUGCUGGAUAUUCGUCAGGAGUUUGUUAGAAACUACGGCAAGUCCUUGUACACAGAGAUCUCUGGAGACACAUCAGGAGACUACAAGAAACUCCUACUGAAGCUCUGUGGAGGCAGUGACUAAAAAAAAAAAACUAUGUUUGCUAUAAAAACUUCCCAGAAAUGUCAUUUAUUCUCUUAUCUGUAUGCACUAUAUACACAAGCUGCAAACUUGCAUGCCAUGCCAAUGCUUCCUCUGCUAUGUUUACCUGGCGGUCAAACCCUCCUACAUUUUGCUACAUUUGCAUUGCUUUUUUUAUAUACACUCAAAGGCCUUUUUAUCAAAUAUACAAGAUGUAACCUAAUAAAGUGGCCAGUGUGUCUGUGUUGUGAACGGAAGGUAUAUAUUUUUUCACAUGUGACAUAUAUAGCCUACUAGAUAUUUGAGUUGGAUAUACUUGGCCAUAGAAUGCACUCAGAAGAACUUCAGUCUAAUUGUCCAGAGCUACAAUAUAUAUUUUUAAGAUCUUUUUUUAUUUAAAAUGUGCCAUUUGAUUGGAAAUCAAAUUUUAUCUGUUAAACGUAUCAGGUAGGUUUGCUAAUGUUCAGCAAUGUUGGCUAAAUACUGAAACAUAGACUAUCAGCUAAGUACCAAAGGGCGAGAUCAUUUUUACCUGUGCAAUGUACUUUAUCUGCACUUAAGUGUUGUUGUUUAUCAUAGUCAAUCUGUUUGCAGUACGUACUUUAGUUUGUUUGUCAUGCAUCUUGAUAUAGCUGUCAUUGUUAUAGCAUUACAUUUCAUUUACUGUAUUGUUAAUGUGUCUGCACAGAAGCAAUAUAAAUACAGUGAUGACACACUCA